AUGGCCGUUUCAAUGGCUACUGGACUAUUCUCUGCUUCCACUCUAACUCUCCGCCCACAACUUCAACACAGGUUUCUGUUUCCCACACCUCCUUCUUCUUUACGGAUGCUUCCGCUCCGAACACUCACUCAUGCCACCGUUUCUCAACCACCCGCCGACGGAAAAGCUCGUGGUAUAAUGAAGCCUCGAAAAGUCUCCCCUGAGAUGAAAGACCUCAUCGGACUUACGGAGGUUUCUCGAACCCAAGCACUCAAGCACAUUUGGGCAUACAUCAAGGAAAACAAUCUUCAGAACCCUGAAAACAAGAAGCGUAUUCGGUGUGAUGAGAAGCUGAAGAAGGUAUUUGCGGGGCGUGAUGAAAUUCAUAUGCUUGAGAUUGCUGGUUUGAUUAGUCCUCACUUCCUUAAAUGA